AUGGCAGAGCCCCCGUGCAAGGUCGCCAGGACCGACGGCGGGAAGAUCGACCGCGACCAGAUCUACGCGAUUGUGCCUGCCCGGGCUGGCUCGAAAGGUGUCAAGGGCAAGAACAUCAGAGACUUCUGUGGGAAGCCAUUGAUGGGCUGGCAGAUUGAGAAUGGACUCAAAUCGAAGUAUAUUAAGCGAGUAUUCGUAUCCACGGACAGCGAGGAGUACCGCCAGGUCGCGUUGAAAUGUGGAGCCGAGGUACCCUUCUUGAGGCCGGCUGAAAUCUCCCAUGACACAGCAACGGACUUCCAGCUAAUGGAGCACUUCUUGGGCUGGAUGGCCGAGAACGAGCCCCACAACAAGCCCUCUCUUAUCGUGCAGCUCAGGCCAACUGCACCGUGCCUGACUGUGCAGACCGUGGACGCUGCUAUCGAGCUCUUCUUGAAGCACGAAGACGAAGAUUAUGACAGCCUCCGGAGUGUUACCCCGCACGACCAUGAGCCUUUCAACAUGUACUUCCUCGAUCCGCGGGAGAACGUUCGCCUGACGCCUGUCAUCCCAGUCUCGCACCACAAGGACGACCCGUCCCAGAUCAUCGAGGAGCCCCAGUCCGUCGCACGGCAGAUCCUGCCGAAGAUAUACUGGCACAACGCCUACGUGGACAUUAUGAGGCCGCGGGUGAUAACCGAGCAGAAGUGUUGUAUGGGAAAGCGCUGUCUGGCUUUCCACAUGAACCCAGAUGACACCGCGGAUAUUGACACCCUGGACGGGGGACCAGUGGAAGGACGCGGAGGUCAAAAAGAAGGCGCAGCUGGCGGCUUCAGCAUGAGCAGCUGCCGGCCCGAGCAGUGCCCGCUGCAGCCCGCGCUCGGCACCUGCUGCGCCUUCCGAGGCGGCCUUGUGGCGAGGAACUUCUCGGGGGCGUGCCUCUCGACCUCCGCCCUCGUUCCCGGUGUUUCACCCCGAGCCGAUGGGUAG